UCAACGGUCGUUUUUCCCAUUUCAAUUUUCAAAUUCCAAAAAGUUCAGAUCUUGCCAAGGUAUCCGUUAGAACUGAGAAAGCCUGCAAUCUUAACGAAGAAAGAGGAAGAAAAUCGCCGUUGAAACCCUAAAGUGCCAUAAUGGGAAGGCUUGGAAUGAAAACUGACUAUGAAGAACUGCGAAAUGCCCGAAUCUUGGAAAACCAGGCUCGAUUGGCCGGUCUUGGACUUCAAAAAACCAUCGCAGAGCUUCGAACUAUCACUUCUAAACCUCAAUCGGAGAAGAAAAAAUAUAACAAAGUUGACUAUUUCUCUACUCCUUUGCGCCGUUCCGAUCGAUUGAAAGGCAACACCCCGCCGGAAUUAGACUUGCGCCGUUCGGGUCGCUUGAAUGAGAAGUCCUGCUACUCUGCUCCACCAGCAAAAAGGAAAUUGGGACUUUACGAAGAAGGAGAUGUUGAUGAUGAUACUGAGAGGAGACCUGCUAAUGCACCUCUGCUGAGAGUGAAAGAUGGCUUAAUACCGCACCUUACACCGGAAGCUUUGUCUCGGCGUUGCUCCAGCAAAGAUAGGGGAACUAUAUAUGACCCUAUUUUUGGUAUUUGCUGUCACUUUUGCAGGCAAAAGAAAUUGUGUGGUGAAGAAGACUGUAAACGAUGUGGUGAUUUGGACACGGAUCAACCUUGCUUAGGCAAGACAGAUUGUUCAAUUUGUCAUUCUACCAAUGGUGUUCUUUGCCGAGGUUGUCUUAAGGUUCGAUAUGGUGAAGAACUGGAGGAGGUGAGAGCAAAUAAAGGAUGGGUAUGCCCUCAUUGCACUGAAGAAAAAGGCAUCAAUCCAUAUUGGAUAUGUAACAGCUCAUUGUGCCUAAAGAAGAGAAAGAUGGCUCCAACUGGGAUCGCCAUAUUCAGAGCUAGAGAGAUGGGAUACAAAUCAGUGGCGCAUCUGUUAAUGGAUCAGCUUCAGCAAGCAGUGAAGGGGAAAUGAUAUGCUUUUUAGUGAAGUUUGCAAACUCUUAUUAGAUUAUAAGAGCUACGUAGGCAGUAGAAUUAGCUUCUGAAUGUAAAGAUGAAUGUUAUUAAGACCAAUCACCGAUCAUAAUAGCUCGGAUCCUCAUUUUCAAACUUGCUGUGCAACUUUUCAUUUGAUCUAUAUCUAAAGAUGAGAUGGUGUGCGAGUCCUUUUCUCA